AUGUCGUCUCGCUCCACCGACAACUCUGUUAGACCUUCAGCAUCUAUUCGUGGACGGUCGACGCAAGCCGAACAAGGCCUGGUUGAUCGGCGGUUGAAGCGUCUCCGUGAAAAGGUCCUCCCUUUCUAUCCUUUUCUCCUCACCCUGCCCACUGAUGUGCCCUUUCGACUCGGCAACCGCUUUGUCAACAAUUGGGCAGUGGGUAAUGACGGACCAUUCGCUCCGGAGGAACAACAGUUACAAUAUAUGACAUUCUUGACCCACGACGAAAGCGAUUCUCUCUUGGUAGCUGUGGGGGAUUGGUCUGACGCCACAGGCAGCGUAAUGGCCGAUCCACGCUCGCGGCCUCAGAGUGCCACUAGUACGCCAUCCAGCAAUUCGGCGAGAAGAAAAAUCAGUCUGCAUGAUUAUAGACAUAAGAGGAAGAACGGUACUUCGCCUUCACCAGUGAAUCAAGAAGCUGCCAGCCAUCAGGGUGCCUCCACCCUUCAAGUUCCCAACGAUAUUCAUACUCCCAAAUAUAUUCCAAAUAGCGACAACCAUCACAGACCGCCAAAAACCCGCCCGUCCUCAAAAUCCGCCUCUCAAUUUGAUCCUGAAUAUGUAGACCGCAAGCGCCCCUCGGACCGUGAACAUGAUCGUCAGGGCCUGCUGGCUCAAGACAGCGCGCCCGCGAAGAGACGAAAGUUAUCGCCCGAUCCUCCAACACCUCAACCCAAAGCAGAACUAUCCAAUGGGAGUGGGCUUCCAGAGCUCUUGUCACCGACUCUCCCUCCAGUUUCGAGCACUCCGCGAUUACCUCGACUUCUCUCUCCUACCUUGCCGCCAGAUCUUGAAAGAGAGCUGGCUAAGCUUGGAAGUGAACCUCUGGCUUCGGACUCGCAGCCGGAGUCCGCUGGGAAUAGCGACACUGCAAAGUUGCAAGCACAGAAGGAAAAGUCGUCUGCACGCGGUGCCUCACAGUCGGGAUCAACAAAUGCUACUAGCACCUCCAAUAUUUACAGCAAAUCACCACGCUCGUGGCCUGAGAUGAGCGUGAUAAAAGAUGUAGAGACUGCGAAGUCUAGUUCUCACACAGUUGAAAAUGCCCAUUCACAGUCCCAAGGGGAUAACAGAACAUCACGGCCAUCCAGCACCAAAUAUAUCCAGGCUUCAUCAUCGGGACCUCGGUUUGUUGUGAGGCUGAAAUACGGAAAGUCGAACAGGAAGCGUGUUGAGGCCCUCCUCAAAUUUUCUGGGAAGAGGAAGCUGUCCCGUCAAAGCUCACCCAUGCCAGAUGCAGUUGAGCGAGAAGUGACUCAUUCAACAAAACCUGGUCAAGCUAAAGCCACGACACCUAGUCAUACCAGCAAAUUCGCUUAUUUAGAUGGCAGGUCGAAGCAUGCGGCGGGCAGUCAGGCAAAUUCUUCCAUCAAAGAUCGCUCGAAAGAGCCACGGUUAGCAGGUGCUGAGAAACCACAGACGCUGGCUUUGAGCCAAACACAACAGGAGAAAGCAAGGCCAGCAUCAUUAACGCCGGCGAAAGAGCUUAAACAUCCCUCCCGACAUGAAGCGGUCAGCAAUGAUGUCAAAGGGCAUUCUUAUCCGGCCCCUCGAAAAGCGCCUGCGGAUUUGUCAACUUCAAAUGCAACUACGCAAUCGCCAUCUCAGCCAGGCAGUGCGGAUAGGAAUGGUGAGCGUCGGGCUUGGAAGGAGGAGUAUCAGAAGUAUGGGAACCUGGGCCGAGAGCUGAAACAUGCCGCUGAUCGACAUACGGCCAAAGACAAGGUUGCUAGCACUGAUGAAAAGCUCGCUGCGGCCACCGCGAUUGAGGCUAUCAUAUGUUUUGUACUUGCUUUUAUUGCGGAGGACCAGUCUAAAGUUAUUUCACGUCAGAUUGGCGAUUCGUCGACUUGGUUAUCUAUUAUCGCAUACUGGCGGGUUGUCAAAAAGAAAAGCCUUUCUUAUCCACCCCUUCAUAGCCUCUGUCUCAUACUGGGUGCUGUCUCUUACGAUGCUAUUCAUGCUCUCGACCUGGAGCGUCUUGCUGUCACGCCUAUACCAGGCGAGCACACUCCGGUUCCCACCCCAGCAAGCGACGGGCAACCCGUUCACCCAGAAGAUAACAAGAAAACUUUCAAAGACUUCCUUGAGCUGAAAACUCGGCUCCCAGAUUGUUACAGAGAGUCUCAACGAUUGUGGUUCGAUGGCUCUCGCGGCCUCUCGGAAGAUAUCCUUGCUCGAGAGUUCCCCGAGACUUGGUCGAAACGCGCCAGGAAUUACUGCGAACAGGGCAAGAAACGGUUGCAACCCGGAAAUUACUCCGGUGAGAUAUAUUUACCGCUUGGGAAAACAAGUACGCCGCUUGAAAUCGUCCGCUUUAGUUGUGCUCUUCUGAGUGAAUGGUGUGCAAGAGAAAAUAUCAACUGGCGUGGUAAGCUUGAUAUAUAG